GGCUCGGGGCUCGCUCUGCGCCGUGCGCCCCCGCGCCCCGCCGGGGCCCGAGCCGGGCGGCCGGGAGGAUGCGGCUCGCCGCGCCCAGGGGGUCGUCGGGCUGCGGGGGGCUCCGGGCGCCGCGGGGCGCCGGCUGGUGAGCGCGGGGUGCGGAGCCGGCGGCCGCGAGCAUGUGGGUGAACCCCGAGGAGGUGCUGCUGGCCGGAGCGCUGUGGGUCAUCGAGCGCGCAAACCCCUUCUUCGUCCUGCAGCGCAGGAAGGGCCACGCGGGCGACGGUGGCGGCGGCGGGCUGGCGGGGCUGCUAGUGGGGACCCUCGAUGUGGUGCUGGACUCCAGUGCCCGGGUGGCACCUUACCGAAUCCUCUACCAGACGCCAGACUCGUUGAUCUACUGGGCCAUCGCCUGCGGUGGGUCCCGAAAAGAGAUCACGGAGCACUGGGAAUGGCUGGAGCAGAACCUGCUGCAGACACUGUCCAUCUUUGAGAACGAGAACGACACCACCACCUUCGUGAGGGGGAAGAUCCAGGGCAUCAUUGCCGAGUACAACAAGAUCAACGAUGCCAAGGACGAUGAUGACACGGAGAAGUUCAAGGAAGCUAUCAUCAAGUUCCACCGGCUGUUCGGGAUGCCGGAGGAGGAGAAGCUGGUCAACUACUACUCCUGCAGCUACUGGAAGGGCCGGGUGCCCCGCCAGGGCUGGGUCUACCUCAGCAUCAACCACCUGUGCUUCUCCUCCUUCCUCAUGGGGAGGGAAGCCAAGCUAGUCAUCCGCUGGGUGGACAUCACACAGCUGGAGAAGAACGCCACGCUGCUGCUGCCCGAUGUCAUCCAGGUGAGCACGCGCUCCGGGGAGCACUUCUUCUCCGUCUUCCUCAACAUCAACGAGACCUUCAAGCUGAUGGAGCAGCUGGCCAACAUCGCCAUGAGACAGCUCCUGGAUAACGAGGGCUUCGAGCAGGACCGCUCGCUGCCCAAGCUCAAGAGGAAGUCGCCCAAGAAGGUGUCAGCUCUCAAACGGGACCUGGACGCCAGGGCAAAGAGUGAGCGCUACCGGGCCCUCUUCCGGCUGCCCAAGGAUGAGAAGCUGGACGGACACACAGACUGCACACUCUGGACGCCGUUUAACAAGCGGCACAUUCUGGGCCAGAUGUUUGUGUCCACCAACUACAUCUGCUUCACAAGCAAGGAGGAGAACCUCUGCGGCCUCAUCAUCCCACUCCGAGAGGUGACAAUCGUGGAGAAGGCAGACAGCUCCAGCGUGCUCCCCAGCCCCCUGUCCAUCAGCACCAGGAACAGAAUGACCUUCCUGUUCGCCAACCUGAAGGACAGAGACUUCCUCGUGCAGAGGAUCUCGGACUUCCUCCAGCAGACCACCUCCAGGAUCUACUCGGAUCGCGAGUUUGCAGGGAGUUACAACAGCUCGGACGACGAGGUGUCGCCCCGGCCCGGCAGCCUCCUGCCCUCCAGCCCCCAGAGGAGCACGGGCUCCGACGACGGGGAGCGUCCCUUCAACAUCAAUGGCAACAGCGUCCCCACAGCCACCCAGACACUGAUGACCAUGUACCGACGCCGGUCCCCUGAGGAGUUUAACCCCAAGCUGGCCAAGGAGUUCUUGAAGGAGCAGGCCUGGAAGCUGCACUUCGCGGAGUACGGGCAGGGCGUGUGCAUGUACCGCACAGAGAAGACGCGGGAGCUGGUGCUGCAGGGCAUCCCUGAGAGCAUGCGCGGAGAGCUGUGGCUGCUGCUCUCAGGUGCCGUCAACGAGAAGGCCACACACCCCGGCUACUACGAGGACCUGGUGGAACGCUCCAUGGGCAGGUACAACCUGGCCACCGAGGAGAUCGAGCGGGACCUGCACCGCUCCCUCCCGGAGCACCCUGCCUUCCAGAACGAGAUGGGAAUCGCCGCCCUGCGCAGGGUGCUCACUGCCUAUGCUUUCAGGAACCCCAACAUUGGGUACUGCCAGGCCAUGAACAUUGUUACCUCGGUGCUGCUGCUCUACGCCAAAGAGGAGGAGGCCUUCUGGCUGCUGGUGGCCCUGUGUGAGCGCAUGCUCCCUGACUACUACAACACCAGAGUCGUCGGGGCGCUGGUGGACCAGGGCGUCUUUGAGGAGCUGGCCCGCGACCACGUGCCGCAGCUGUACGACUGCAUGCAGGACCUGGGCGUCAUCUCCACCAUCUCACUGUCCUGGUUCCUCACGCUCUUCCUCAGCGUCAUGCCCUUCGAGAGCGCCGUGGUGGUGGUCGACUGCUUCUUCUAUGAGGGGAUCAAGGUCAUCUUCCAGCUGGCCCUGGCCGUGCUGGACGCCAACGUGGACAAGCUUCUGGGUUGCAAGGACGACGGGGAGGCCAUGACCGUGCUGGGCAGGUACCUGGACAGCGUAACCAACAAGGACAGCACACUGCCACCCAUCCCUCACCUGCACUCCCUGCUCAGCGACGACGUGGAACCCUUCCCUGAGGUGGACAUCUUCAGGCUCAUCAGAACUUCCUAUGAGAAAUUCGGGGCCAUCCGGGCAGACCUGAUCGAGCAGAUGCGAUUCAAGCAGAGGCUGAAGGUAAUCCAGACGCUGGAGGACACCACCAAGAGGAACGUGGUCCGCACAAUCGUCACGGAAACGUCCUUCACCAUCGAUGAGCUGGAAGAGCUCUACUCUCUGUUCAAGGCCGAGCACCUGACCAGCUGCUACUGGGGUGGCAGCAGCACGGCGCUGGACCGACAUGACCCCAGCCUGCCCUACCUGGAACAGUACCGCAUCGACUUCGAGCAGUUCAAGGGCAUGUUUGCGCUGCUCUUCCCCUGGGCCUGCGGGGCUCACUCGGACGUGCUGGCUGCCCGCCUCUUCCAGCUAUUGGAUGACAACGGAGACUCGCUGAUCAACUUCCGCGAGUUCAUCUCUGGGCUGAGUGCCGCCUGCCACGGGGACCUCACGGAGAAGCUCAAACUGCUCUACAGGGUACACGUCCUGCCCGAGCCCUCCUCGGACCCGGACGAGCCAGACUCUGCUUUUGAAGCCACCCAGUAUUUCUUUGAGGACAUCACCCCAGAGUGCACGCACGUGGUCGGCCUAGAGAGCAGGAGCGGGCCUGGCGUGGAGGACGGCUUUGUCACCGUCAGCCUCAAGCCCGACAGAGGGAAAAGGAUAAACUCUCAAGAAAACCGUAAUUAUCUGAGGCUCUGGACUCCAGAGAGCAAAUCCAAGUCGAAGAACGCCAAGGAUUUGCCCAAGCUGAAUCAGGGCCAGUUCAUCGAGCUGUGCAGGACCAUGUACAACAUGUUCAGCGAGGACCCGGAUGAGCAGGAGCUGUACCAUGCCACGGCCGCCGUGACCAGCCUGCUGCUGGAGAUCGGGGAGGUGGGCAAGCUCUUCUCGGGGGCCCCAGCCAGGGAGGGGGGGGACAGUCCCACCUGCCCGCAGGGCCCCCCGGGAGGCACGGCCUUCCCCAAGAAGCCGGCGGCACCCCUGGCCCUGGCGGGGGACCCCGGGAGCACGGCGAGGGCCGAGGCAGAGGAGGCCUCGUCGCCGGGCGGGCCGAUGGAGGACAUCAAGCUGGAGGAGGACCCGGCCGCCUGCUCGGCCAUGCUCAUCUCGGACGAUGACACCAAAGACGACAGCUCCAUGUCGUCCUACUCGGUGCUGAGCGCCGGCUCGCACGAGGACGACAAGCUGCACUGCGAGGACGUGGGCGAGGACACCGUGCUGGUGCGAGGCCCCCAGGGCUCGGCCGCACUGCCCGGGGGCGCCCGGCUGGACCGAGACUGGGCCAUCACCUUCGAGCAGUUCCUGGCCUCGCUGCUCACGGAGCCCGCGCUCGUCCGCUACUUCGACAAGCCCGUGAGCGUGAUGGCGAGGGUCGGCGGCGCCAAGAACGGGCGCCUGGUGGGCCGGCCGCCCGCCUCCGCCAGCGACUAUGACCUCUCCACCCUGUCCGGCUGAGCCCCCCCCUCCCCGCCCCCUGCCCAGGGCCUGGGAACUGGGGGCUUUGUUAUGUUCUUUUCUGUCGGGGGUCUCUUUCUCUGAAGUUCACGCUUUACCAGGGGCCGGCUGGAAAGUCUGGGGUGUAGCAGUGGCUUCUGGGGGCCCUCACGGAGCACUGCCCCGUGUGGAGGCCUGUUUUGCUAUGGGGAGAGGGGUUUCUCCAGAAUGUAGUCUGGAAAGCCACGUGAAGUCCACCCACAAAUAGAAAAAGGAAAAAAAAAAAAAGGUGAGUCUGUGUCACCUGUGACCUCACCUAGAGCUGGACGCCUGGCACAUAGCGAUGGCGCCGCCCCAGGCUGCCCAAGCCGUGGGGCUUGUGAAAGGUGCAGGCAGAGCUGGAAGGACGGGGAACCACAGAGCCACUCAGCCCCGGGAAGGCGCUGUCAGCUGGGCCAGGCCUGGACCCCUCUGCAGAGUGUUAGGAGGGUUUUCAAAGUCUUGACGAUUCCCCUGCAGAAGGCCUGGUCAGCAGACACCCCCUACACACACACACGCACACGCGCACACGCACACGCACACACACACACACACACACACACACACACACCUUGAGCUGGAAAGUCCCGAGCUCCCAGACCACCGUGAAAAUGAAGCAUUAGUUUUGACCUGGGACCGGACUAGCCCUUCUGUGUGAGCGAUUCCAAAAAGGUCCAGACCCAUCAUGCUCUAAAAAACCCCCCAGAUGAUUUACUUUCUCAGCUGCCAGAAAUCAGUGAGAACCAGCUGUCUUGUCUUACAGAGAAUCUGAAAGCAGUGAAAGAAAGAGCAGAGGGCUUGGAGGUUUCUUUUUUUAAGGGAGAAGGACCGCUGUUUCCCAUGCUGGAGUCUAUGAGCCUCUUGUUCCUUGUUGCGAUAGACUUCACCAUUCUCAUACUCCAUGUAGAUUCAAGAAGUCAUGCCAUGUAGCGCACCGGACCAUCUUCCCAGUGAAGUCCAUGUGAACUGCAAAGCCCGUCUGCAAGAUAACGCAGCUGAAUGUUUUUAAGCAGAACUCGUCACUUUAUACGAAGGGAUAAUGUGCUCGAUUUCCUGAACGGGCGGGAGGCGAGAACUAGCACAUUUGCACUUUGAAUUUUUGCUUCUUUUUGUUACUGUCGCUGUUUGGUCUUUUACAGCUGUGGGAAGUCUGUCUUCCUCUCAUUGACGUCAUCAUCUUGGCCACACUCCCGUUGUCUCUUCCGAAAUAUUCCGUUGACUGCAUUUCCUCGUUCUCUCAUUCAGUGGUCCUUCUUUGAGCUGUUGCUGCUGGUUUUUUAAAUUUUGCUUACAGAAUGAUUUUUAAACUGUCAAAUGAAGUAGUGUUAACCUCAGUUAGGAUCAAUGUGAACCAAUAAAAUACAUCAGAAUCCCA